GCGGGGCGCCUCUGGAGCUUCUCCAUCUUUCCGGACCAGGACGCGGCUGCCGGGGAGAGGAGGGCGCAGGACGCGGCGAUGGCUCCGUGGGGACUCCCGGGGUCCGCUGUGCUCUCUGCUGCGAUGUUCUUGGGAGGCGCCAUGAGUUCGCCGCUGGUGGCCCCGGACAACACUGGCAGCCGCACGUUACAAUCCCGAGCAGAGACGACUCCAUCAUCACCCACCAACAAUGCUGGGAAUGGGCACCCGGAAUAUAUCGCUUAUGUGCUUGUCCCUGUGUUCUUCAUCAUGGGUCUCCUUGGUGUCCUCAUCUGCCACUUGCUUAAGAAGAAAGGCUAUCGGUGUACGACAGAGGCUGAACAGGAAGUUGAAGAGGAAAAGGUGGAAAAGAUAGAGUUGAAUGACAGUAUAAAUGAAAAUAGUGACACCGUUGGGCAAAUUGUCCACUACAUCAUGAAGAAUGAAGCAAAUGCAGAUAUUUUGAAAGCCAUGGUAGCUGAUAACAGCAUCGGCGAAGUUGAAAGGUGAGUGUCUCUUUUCCUACAGAUGGAGACAAGUUUUC